AUGGCGGCAGACAUCCCCCGUAAGCUCUGGGAGCACCACAACCCUAGGGCUACUGAAAUGUGGGCGUUCAAGGAGCGCUUGGAGAAAGAGAAGGGUAUAAGUCUUCCAACUUAUUAUGACCUCUACACCUGGUCGGUGAAGAACCGCGCUGCAUUCUGGGAUUUUAGCUGGAAAUACUUCCCCAUCAUCUACGAAGGAUCUUAUACCACCGUUAUAGACGAAUCCGCUCGCAUUGACAGCAUCCCCACCUGGUUUGAAGGUGUCCGGCUCAACUUCGCCGAGAACAUGCUCUUUACAGCCGAAAAGAGCCCCAAUGGAACCCACUUUAUCUCGACAGCUGGAAAAGAAGACAGCAAGAUCGUAGCGACCCAGGUGCGCGAAGGCGCCGCGGAACCCGCCACCUCCAUCACCUGGUCCCAAUUGAGACAGCGGACAGGAAAGCUGCUUCAAGCGCUAAAGGCCGCCGGGUUGGCCAAGGGAGACCGCGUAGCGGUUGUCGCUAGCAAUAGUAUAGACACACUGGUUGUCUUCCUGGCCACCACCGCUCUGGGCGGCCUGUUCUCAUCCGCCUCGACCGAUACCGGUGUCAAGGGCAUCCUCGACCGGCUUGUCCAAAUCAAGCCGAAAUACGUCUUCUUCGAUGAUGCCACCGUCUAUAACGGAAAACACAUUGAUCUUCGCCCGAAGAUAACCGACGUCGUCAACGGGCUCAAAGAUACCCCCGAAUUCAAGAGCCUAUUCACCCUCCCCCGGUUUCCUGAUAAUGCAGUCGACGUGACGGGCGUGCCCAGAACCCAGCCCCUAGCACACCUCCUAGCUACUGCGCCAUCAGAUAAGCUCGAAUUCGUCCGCGUGGCCUUCCGCGACCCCUUCCUCGUCGCCUUCAGCUCAGGAACAACGGGCAAGCCGAAACCCAUCGUCCAUGGCGUCGGCGGAUACAUCCUCAACAGUAACAAAGAGUCCCGUCUACACCGCAGUCAUGGACCAAAGUCCAUCACGUUGCAGUUCACAACAACGGGUUGGAUCAUGUACAUGUCCGCUAUAUCGGGACUGAUGUACGGCGGUAGCACAAUCCUCUACGACGGAAGUCCCUUCAUCCCAAACCCUAAAAUCCUCAUUCAUCUACUCGGAAAAUACAAGGUCACCCACUUCGGCACAUCCCCGCGGUAUCUGCACGAGCUACGGAAGAACGGGAUCUACCCACGAGCCGAAGAAGACCUUAGUAACCUCGUCGGCGUCACAAGCACAGGCAUGGUUCUCCCGGACUCCAUUGCCGAGUGGUUCUACGACGCUGGCUUCCCGCCUCACGUUCAGUUAGCCAAUAUCUCCGGCGGCACGGAUCUAGCCGCUUGCUUUGGGCUCGAGAAUCCGAUUACACCGCUCUAUGUCGGCGGGUGUCAGGGCCUGCCUCUGGGGAUACCAGUUGAAGUCUACGACCAAGCAGACGAAGGCGCGUUCGGCGUCAAGGGCACGCCUGUCCCUGAUGGCGUUCCUGGCGAGAUUGUCGCAACAGCUGCGUUCCCAACUAUGCCUGUGAUGUUCCUCGGCGAGGACGGUGCUCAGAAGUACUUCGAUUCGUAUUUUGCGAGAUUUGACAACGUCUGGACCCACGGCGACUUUAUCUCAAUCCACCCCGUAACAAAACAAAUCUUCUUCCUCGGCCGCUCCGACGGCGUCCUAAAUCCCUCGGGAAUCAGAUUCGGGUCCGCCGAGAUCUACAACGUGAUCGAGACGCAAUUCACCAAGGAGAUCGUUGACUCCCUUUGCGUCGGGCAGCGCCGGCCUCAAGACACCGAUGAAUCGGUGAUUCUGUUUUUGCUUAUGAGGACCGGAUACAAGGUUACCGAGGAGCUGGUCAAUCGGGUCAAGGACGCUAUUAAAAGGGCAUUGAGUGCGAGGCAUGUUCCGAAGUAUAUUUUUGGGACGCCUGAGAUUCCGACAACAGUGAAUCUCAAAAAGGUCGAGUUACCCGUGAAACAGAUCGUCUCAGGUAAGAAGAUCAAGGCGUCGGGGACAUUGCUGAAUCCAGAGAGCCUGGAGUACUACUAUCAGUUUGUAGACGUGGAGAGAUUGGCUGCUGAAGGAGAGUUGAAGGCGAAGCUAUAG